UCAAAUUGUGGAACUGCAAGAGAACCUGUUAAAACUCCACGAGAUAUUAUUAAUAUACAUGUUGAUACAACAUUCAACGGACCAAUGCCAGAAACAAGUCUCCCCAGCAGCAAGCUUACCAUCGCAAAGUCCUCAGAAAAAGACUGUGGAAACGUUUCCAGCAAAACUCCCCAACUCGGGGAGAGUCCUCACAGCAGCGGAAACAACAUCUUAACCAGCCCGCGAAGUCCGGACUACCCUCCUCGAGUCCCAGCAAACCCACUGAGUCCCGACACAACUUUCACCUCUUCCGAGAACUCAGUCCCCCGAACUCCAGUCGCGAUGGAAGCCAAAUACGCGACUAAUUCCCCGGAAAACCCUCCCCCAAAAUCAUCUGAGCUUCCCAAGAUUGACGAAAGCCCGCCUAUUCUUCCGGAGAGCGAGAUAAAAACCGAGCCACCGGACCUCACCCCAGGAAACAUCGACGAGGAAAAACCUCUGCUAACACUUAACGAGCCUCAAAUAAAAGUAACCUGCGAGUCUCGUCCACCUAUAUCAUCAUCGCCAACCUCGACAACCACCCUCACUCACCAGACUCACCCGGAAAAAUCCUCCAGCGAGAAACGCAGCCGUAGUUCCGACAGACAUCGCUGUUCCCGUUGCUACAAGCGCAGCAAAAUAAAGCGAGCCAGCAUCGGCGUUCAGUGUCGUCGCGAUCGCAACGCGACUCCGCUUCAGCUUCAGCGCAAAGACUCAGAAUUCACUCAUCCAGCCAACGUGAACCUUCGCCUCCAUCUCGAGACAAAAAGUUGCAAAUUACUGCAGCAGAUAACCGGAAUCCCGGUGAUAAAAUACAAUGAGGAACUAGAAGGACUCAAGUACCGAAAAUUCAUUCACAUAGAACCUUAUCCUAACGGAGGCGCUACUGUCGUUCAUAUGUACCAAGACGAGAUUGACGGAUUGUCAAAGGAGCAAAUGGACGAACUUACCCAAGAAUUUUUCAAAGUAGUCUUCGGCGAGGAUGAAAACGGCAAUGCGCAUCACGUUAUGGGAAUAGUUCACAAUUCCGCAGCGUAUUUGCCAGACUUAUUAGACCACAUGGCGUACAAUUACCCGACACUGACUGUAAAAAACGGAGUACUGGGUCGCAACAGCGACAUUGAGACCACGACCAUGUUACAGUACAAAGAGCACGUGUAUAAAGCUUACAAUAAUGGGACCGUGAGAUACGGGCCGCUGCACCAGAUCAGUCUCGUCGGUACUGUCCAUGAGGAAGUCGGCGGAUAUUUUCCCGACUUGCUCCGAAGAUUGGAGGAGAAUCCCUUUUUAAGACUGACCAUGCCCUGGGGCGCUAUGUCGGUGGUUAAAAUGGAGACUCCCCAAGAGUCCAAUGAUGGUCCGAUUUUAUGGAUCCGUCCUGGCGAGCAGCUGGUCCCUACCGCUGAUAUCAACAAGAGUCCGUGUAAAAGACGCAGAACGGGAAUAAAUGAACUGAGGAACCUCCAGUACUUGCCGAGAUUAAGCGAAGCAAGGGAGUACAUGUUCGAAGACCGGACUCGUGCUCAUGCAGAUCAUGUAGGUCAUGGACUCGACCGGAUGACCACCGCUGCGGUGGGAGUUCUAAAGGCUAUCCACGGUGGACAGCCCUCUGAGUACAACAGAAUAACUAAAGACGUAGUCGCGUUUUACGCUGGAGACUUUCCGGAGCUGGUUGAACAAUUGCAGCUUGAUCUCCACGAGCCUCCGAUUUCGCAGUGUGUCCAGUGGAUUGAAGACGCUAAAUUGAACCAAUUGAGGCGACAAGGCAUUCGCUACGCUCGGAUUAAUUUGUAUGACAAUGAUAUUUAUUUUUUACCGAGGAAUAUUAUUCAUCAGUUUCGCACCGUGUCCGCGGUGUCGAGUAUUGCUUGGCAUGUUAGGUUAAAACAGUAUUACCCUGACGCAGUGAGUAAUUCCAGUGUGAGACAUAAUCGCUCGAUACCGGAGAACAGCAGUCAGUUUAAGGAGAAAGAUUUGGUUGACGAGCAGAAGGAGAAUGCUGAUAGGCAACACAUGGCUGAGAAGAAGGCUAAAGAGAGGGCUGCUGAGUAUCAAGGGAAUCUUAAGAAGUCUGAUCAGCAUGGCAGGAAAAGGAAUAAAAGUCGCGAGAGGCGCAGUCAGGAUUGCAAGAGAAAGGAACGAAGAAAUUCGACUAGUAAGUUGGAGAAAGUUGGGGGUAAAGGUGAUGAUAUUUCUGGGAAUAGAAAGAGGAAGUCUACUGAUGAUGACCGGAGGUCUAAAAAACAUGAUGAUAGGCAUCGCAGGAGGUCGCUUAGUAAGUCGAGGAGGCGGAGUAGGUCCAGUGAGAAAAAGAAGAAAGAGAGGAAUUCUGUUAGUGAGGUCAAACCUUGCUUAGAGGCUAAAGAGGUGGAGGUGAAAGAGAGGGAGGUUAAGGAUGGAGAUAGAGAGGUUGAGGGACAGGGUGAAGAAGUUCUUCAGCAGAGGUGUGAGGCUGGAGAUGUGAGGCUAGAUGAGGAAACUAAGACCGCUAGAUGCUCCGCGGGGAAAGAAUACGCGACUGAUGUUGUGGAUGAAGCUUUGGAGAUUGCUGUGUACAAAUCUAAAACUGAUGUUGAAGUAGUUUGCCAGUCUUUGAGGGACGGAGUCGCGGAGGCUUCUAAGGAAGUCGCUGAGAGAAUUAAGAAGGAGUGUAAUGAGUUGGCAAAAAAAUUGUGUGAGGAUAAAGAGAAGGAUAAGGAUAAGGAGAAGGAGAAGUUUGAGGAGCUCGAGAGGCUGUUGGUUGAUGAAACUAUGAAGGCGUUUACUUCCGAGAGGGAGUGUGCCACGGAAAAUGCGCUCAAAGCGCUGAUUGAGAUGGCUGAGGAGGAGGCAAAAGAAAGGAAUCGGGAAGUCGAGACUGAGGUUGUUAAGAAGGUAGAGGAGAAGCAGGAGGUUCAGGUUAAUCUGGAGUGGAGGCCCGAGAAACACAGGCCCAAGGAGAGCUCCAGGAAGUACGAUAGAGACUCCAGAGAUCGGCAUAGAGAGAAAGAUAGGGAUAAAGAGCGGAAAAGUAAAUCUAGUAGCAAGUCUCAUAAUUCUUCCUCUUCGUCGCCGUCUUCCUCGUCCAGCUCCUCGGUGACUAAGUCCAAAGACGAGUCCAUGAGUUCUAAGGACAAGAAGCGCGACUCGCAUCGGCAUGAGAAUGAUUAUCAUAGGAAGAGCUCUCACAGAAGUUCUACUUCUCAGUCGAAUUCCAGCCACAAGAGGAAACAGAGCUCGAGUCAAGGUCACAAGGAUUCCAAGAGGAUUUGCACUGAGUCUAGUGUCACUGGUGGUAAUAGUACCGGUAGUGCUAGUGGGAAUUUAGGUAUUACCACUGGUUUGACGACGUCUUCGGUUACUUUGUCUUCGGGGAAAGAAGAAGCUCCCAGUGCUAGUAGUUUUAAUUCUACGUGA